AUGAGUGACGAAAGUGUGCCGCGUGUUAUUGUAUUUGACCUAGACGGAACACUAUGGGCCCCGGAGAUGUUUGAGUUGUGGGGCGGUGGUGGGGCGCCGUUUAAGGCGGACCCGAAGGACCCAAACGCGGCCAUUGAUAAGGCCGGGACGAAAGUGCGCCUCCUUGGGGAGACACGGGAGCUGCUGCAGAAACUUUUUACCGAUCCGAAAUGGAGCUCCACGUCGCUGGCGCUUUCGUCCACGUGCGAUGAGCCCCGCUGGGCAAUGGAGCUCCUACAUCUUUUUCGCUUUACCGACAGCUCUGGAAAGCAGGUGCCGAUGCUCACACUUUUUGGGGACCUUGUGGAGAUUUACGCCGCCAACAAGGCAAGUCAUCAUCGCACGAUUCUUCGCAAGCUAAAAGAAAGAAACGCUGACAUCAGCGACGACUUCUCUCAAUUUAUCUUUUUCGACAACCAAACGAACAAUGUUGAGAGUGUCUCCAAAAUUGGCGUGAUGAGUGUGUACUGCCCGAGAGGCAUGGUGGCAGGCGUGUUUGCCAGGGGCAUACAGCAGUGGCGGGAGAGGCAGAAGAAGUGCGCCUUGUAA